AUGUCAACGCACCAUCCUAAUACGGGUAUAAGUAGUGUAUUCAAAUCAAUAACCAAGUCUUUUAAACAGUCUUCUACCCAUGCUGCUCACUCACCGUCGAAGACCAGUACUAUAAACACGACUAAAAGAGUCCCGGUAUUAAUAAAUCCAACUAUUGUAGGGAUUGGUGUUAGCGGAGGAGGAAGCGAUGUUGUUCAAGAACUUCAAUCACUUUUACAACAAUUGCAACCCAAUAAUGGUGUCAGCAAUUCAACCAAAGUUUCGACAAUGGAACGUGUUAUUGAAUGUGUUGCCAAAUAUAAUGUAUCUUCAUCCCUAGCUGAAAUCUGGUAUUUUGUACGCGAUUAUGCCAAUCCUACGAAUUCUUCCGGUAGUAGUAGACUUAGGAGGCUGACAUUGAAAUUAUUAGUUGAAUGUGUGAAAAAUGACAAAGGUGGUAGCAGCAGUAGUGGUAAUGUAGGUAGUGGAAAUGGUGUUAUUGGGACAAGACUGAAUUAUUUCAAUGAUGUAAUUAGAUAUUGCAAACAUACUAUUUCCAAGAAUAUGGAUCCAGAUUUUGAUUUAUUUUUAGAGACGGUACUGGUAUUAACUGAUAAUGGAAUAAAUGUUCAUGAUUUCUUAAUAUAUGACGAUGAUAAACGUAGAUUGGAUGGAUUUUUAGAAGCAAGUUUGAGUGUGAUGAGUUCCUCGGCAAGGAAGUAUAAAUUUGAGUCCGAGGAACGAGAUGCUGAGUUAAAAAGUACAGAUGAUGAGUUUUCUAAUUUAAUUGAAUUAUUAGAAUACGUGAAGAAUUGUUUACGCUAUAAUUAUACAACCUUAAAUGAAUCAUUAGUUAAUUCCAUAAUUUAUUAUGUAACCAAAAUUGGAAAUGUGACGAUGAAUAAACUGAUUUUGUACUCAGUUGUUGGAGUUUUAAAUGCAAUGUUUAUAUUCGGGAAUUUCCCCUCGGAUAAUUUUGGUAGGAUUCUAAAAUUAUUAUCUUCAAUCUUGGGAUCAGGUAUUGAUAACCUGCUAAAUGAUAUAGUUUGGGAAUCAGUCAUGAAUUUAACUCAAGAUGAGACAUUUAACCUAGUUAUAAAAAACCUAUGUGAAAAUAUUGCAAAUCCAGAUCUACAACGAUAUCGAAGAAAUCAAAGCCAGUCGGAUUAUCAACAGCAUCACCGACAGCAACAAUACCAAUUCCCUAUAGCCCCUGAAAAUUCACCUAUUUAUUCCUGUAUUGGUUCAUUUCAGCUCAUUCACAAACUACACCUCCAGAAUGCUAUUGAAGCUAACACAACUUCUACAAUCAACUCCAUAUCAAUAGAAUAUAAUUACUUUAAAAUCAUUCGAGCUUCAAAAGUCGCACUUUCGUAUAAUAUUCCAAUGAUAAAUACGGCAUAUUUACGAAGCAUGGAUAAGCUAUUAGCCAAAGAAUCGUAUUUUGAUAACUUCGGUAUUCGAUUCACGGAUUCAUUUGAGAAGAUUUUGCCAUUCCAAAUGUGGUAUUCUAAUAAUUGUUCCAUUUAUGAUAUCUUAAAGAGUUUAAAGGUGAAUAAUCAUCUGGAUAAAAGGUAUAUCGAAUCAAUAUGUGAUUCGUUACAACUGUUGUAUGAAAAUCAUGAAUUGCCGACUCCUAAAGAUAAGUUGAUUCUGUUCUUCUUGUAUAAUAGUUUCGAUAUACCUGCAGGACUGAGGUUAUUUGUAUUGAAGUAUUAUGAAGAGGAGAAAUUAUGCUCUUUGUUGAGUCCAUUUUGGAAGGAUAAUUGUUUGAAGAUUUUGAAUUGUUUUUACUAUGAUUAUGAUGAAGGCGAGGAACAGGAUGACGCGAUACUGGAAGUCAGAAUAAAAUGUUUGGAAGUUAUGUUGAAUGGAUUACGGAUUUCAAAUUCAAUCUUUGCUAGUCUGGAUGUGAAUUAUGAUUUGAUUAUUGAUAUUUUUAAACGUUCCAAACGAGAAACAGAUGAAUCUGUAUUGAACUAUUUAAUUGACGAAGUGUUUUCAUAUGUAUGUUUACAAUCACCAACUCCUGUUUUCAGACAAUUAAUGGGUAUUAUUAUUCCAUUAUAUAUCGAGAAAAGACCCGUCACAAAACCAGAAUCCAUUUAUUCCCGAAGUUUUGUAUCCAUAAGUUCCCAAGCAUCAUCUACCAAUAAUUCCGCCAAUCAGACCAGUAAGAAAUUUUUGGAAACUAUUACCAAAGGAUUAAUAUUAGUAUUUUUAAAAUGUUGCAUUGAAAAUCCAGAAAGAGCUCUGGAAACAUUUGAUCUAUUGAUUUCAGUUGCCGAGAAAUGUUCCAAUUCAGCUAACAAUUCCAACAUUUUGUUAAUAUUAUGUAAAUUGUUUGUUAGGAUUCGUGUCACUAAAGAAUUCUACGUGUAUGUUACUCAACCAAGUGAUAUGAUGGGAUUAGCAUCUGCAUUCAAACGUGACGCUGCCAACACUCCACAAUUGGAUAGUUACAAAUGGUCAUAUCCUGAACAUGUAUCUUAUUUGCGAGAAGAUUGUUUCAAUAAACCUAACAAGAAGUUAUUACUUAAAUUGAAUGAAGAUAAUUAUUCGGAAAUUGGCAAAUAUUAUAUUGAUAUUCGAGCUUGGAUUAGAUUGGCAUUGAAGGUGAUGCAAACAUUUAUUAGCUGGGAAUGUUAUUCCUAUGUAUGGGGUCAUUUAUGUACCCAAUUAUCCAAUAUGAAUUUAUUUAUGCAUUGUGAAGAAGAGAUUGUUGAAUUGAGGAAGGUAAUUUGUGAACAAUUAACUUUGAAUUUACCAUCUCAAUUAGUUUUGCCUGCAGCGGUUGGUGGAUCCGAGAUGACAAAAGGUGAUUUACAAGUUGCAUUUGUUCGGAGUCUUUCAGCCUUAAUUGGAUAUCAUGACCGAUUUUCCAAAUUUGACGAGGAUCAAAUUGUGAAUAGUUUAAUAUUUGGAUUGAGUUCAUGGGAAAAGACGGCGAUUCCGUGUAUUAAUAUCUUGACGGUUUGUUGUUAUGAGAUCCCAAUGUCAAUCAAGAAAUAUCUUGGAUUAAUUUUGACCAAAUUACAAACAAGAGUUACAUCAGUAUAUGCCAGUACACAUACAUUGGAAUUCUUAAUGAGUUUGAUCCAUUUACCAACCUUGACAUCAAAUUUUACCAUGGAAGAAUUUAAACGUGUGUUCGGGAUUGCAUUUAAGUAUAUCGAAUAUGCCAAUGAUGCCCAGAUCAGAAAGUUACAAAUUGACUCAACUGCCCCGGAAGAGAAUAUAUCGUUUAUUCAGACACACGGAGUCGAUGCGGAGGUUGAACAAACCCCACUGACGCAACAACAACAACAGAUUGGGGUGAUAAAUAUAUUAUCCCAAUAUAUUCGUAUGAUGGCUUAUAAUGUGAUUGCCAAUUGGUUUCUAAAGAUAAAUGUCUAUGAUAGAAAGAAACUAUCCUCUUUUAUUGUUAAGAAUUUGAUUUCUUGUCAAAACAAAUCGACUUUAUUAGAUGAACAAACGAGAGGGUUUUUGGAUUUCAUAGUUCGUUUCACGUAUAGUAAUGUACCCUUGUCAUUGAUAAUGAAUAGUGGUACUACAGGUAAUUAUGAUGUUGAAAAGAGAGAAACAAUUUUGAAUCGAUGGAUAAUUGGUGAUUGUUCGAUUCUUAGUAUUGAAACUGAUCAAGCUAAUGGUGAUAGCAAUAUUAUAAUCAGAAGGCCCACAGGAAUGACUAGAUUAAAAGUGCAAUUAAAUGGUGAAGAUGCAGUUACUAAAGGAGUUGUACAUCAUCCAAAUUACUUUUUAUUACAAUUGUAUGAUAAUAAUAUGGAUAAAAAACAUAAACCUAUUCCUAUCAUUGAGGAUUCAAUUGUGUUGAGAGCUUUAGCGGUACUUGAUCGGAUCCCAGGAGUUGAAUUCCACAAGGUUGGUAUAGUCUAUAUUGGCAAAGGACAAACUCAAGAGAAUGAAGUAUUGAGAAAUAAAGUUGGUUCGAAAGAUUAUCAAUUGUUUUUAAGUAAGAUUGGUCAGUUGAUUAAAUUGAAAAAUAAUAAGAGUGUAUAUGUUGGCGGAUUAGAUACGGAGAAUGACGUAGAUGGUGAAUUUACCAGAUAUUGGCGAGAUAAGACUAGUCAAGUCAUUUUUCAUAUAACAACCAUGAUGAAUAAUACUGAAGAAAACGAUCUUGACGAGGAUGCUGGAGAAGUACAGAGGUCGAUUGAUUUAAAGAAAAGGCAUAUUGGGAAUAAUUACGUUAAUGUAUUUUUUGAUGAAUCAGAUAAGGAAUUUAAUUUCAAUUUAAUUAAGAGUCAAUUUAAUUUCUUAAGUGUUGUUAUAUCACCUUAUGCUAUAUCUAAAAAUAUUACAAUUGAAGGAGAUGAUGACAACCUCAAGAAAGAUAUAAAAUUUUUCAAAGUUAAAACGUUUAGAAGAUCUGGAGUUCCAGCAAUAUUUGCAACAUGUCAUUUCAAAAUCAUUAGUCAAGAUAAAUUACCUAAUUUUAUUAGGAAUUUAGUUAUACUUGCUAAUGAAUUUGCUACAGUUUGGCAUAAUAAUCCAGGAACAUCAUAUACAUCUAAUUGGGCCCAAAGGGUUAAACAAUUACAGACAUUAAAGAAAAAAGCUCAAGAGAAUUAUCAGGAGAGUUUAAAGAAAGAAGAAGAGAUUAAGGAACAACAACAAUUCACAAGUGAUUAUCAAGAUAAAUCUUCUAAUGGAUUAAUGACUGCUCAGUCACUCUUUGAACAAUUGAGUGGAAGUGGCGGUGUCAAUAGUGGCACAGUUCCUCCAAGUACAACCGGUAAUAGUAAUGCCCUUAAUGCUAGUGGGAUUAUUAAUAGUAACAAAGAAAUAUACAAUGACUAUACAUUUAGUCCAAAUGAAACUUUGAAUGAAUUAUAUCAAUUGGUUGAAUUCAAUUCUUAUACUUCAUAA